AAGAUUGUGUAUGACCAAAAUUAAAGGCUGAAAACUUGGUUGGCAAGUCUUUCACCUCCUCUGUAUUAAUGCGAAUAUUACUCAUUAGAAUUAGGGUUUUCUUUCUUCAUUAUAGAUGUACAAGUCUCUUCCUCUGUGUUACUUAUCCAUCAGUUAGGGUUUUUCAAUCUGAUUCGUCAUGUCUCUGCUUCUCAACCAUCCGUCGAAGCUAUGCUUUCGGAGACCUGUGCUGGUCAGAUCUUCUCCACGCAUCUCUGACGCCUUCUCACCUUCCUUCAUGCAAACCCCUCCUUGUUCCAUCCUCAAGGCUGUUCCUUGUGGAGGAGAUCUCGGAAGACUCAAGGUCCUUUGGGAUGGCCCCGACCCCGUAAAUUACUUGCAAAAGAAGGUACCUAUGGAGUUGAUGAACGAAAGUGAAGUGAUAGGAUCGUCCAACGGCUGGGUAGCCACUCUCAAGGACGACGGGAUUUUGCGUCUCCAAGACGAUCUCAACCCUUGUGCAUCCGACACCGAUCCGAAACGCAUCCCGCUGCCUCCUCUUGUAACUCUGCCUCACUGCCAAACCAAACUUGUCACCAACGUGUCCAUGUCCUCAUCAUCUCCAGAGGACGAGGACUGUGUCGUGGCUGUCAAGUUCUUAGGACCUCAGCUCAGCUUUUGCAGACCCACUCGAAGUAAAUACGGGUGGAUCAACGUCAAAAUAGAAAACUCUUGUUUCUACAACUCCCAUGUCAUGUUCUCCAAGAAAGACCAGAUGUUUCGCCUUGUCGGAUCUGGAGGCCACCUGGUCGGAUCAUGGGAUCUCCAUGAGUACAAGCAUAGUCCCAAGCUUCAGAAACUGCGUUUCAGAAACCUCCCCAAGAUGUCCAAGGCCAAAAGGGAGCUUAUGGAUAUGUGUUGCACGACCGAGUACUUAGUCGAGUCGGAAUCCACCGGUGAUACUUUCUUGGUUAAGAGGUAUAGGAAGACACUCCCCGAGACCACCAAGGAAAUGAAAACAGAGUUUUUAAUGGUGUUUAAUAUCGACCAAAAAGGAAACGCCGUUUACACUAAAGACAUUGGAGAUCUCUGUAUUUUCCUCUCAAAGUCUGAACCAUUCUCUGUCACUGCAAGCUCGUUUCCUGUCGACCUGAAAGCUAACCUAAUUUUUUUCGAUGAUGUUGACGAAUUUGGAAGUGCCUCACUGGAAGAUUCAACCAUCCACAGUGAAAAUUCUACCAGCUCUGCCCCGUACCAGAUUCCACCUCAACCCAUAUAUUGAGUUUUGUGUCUUUGUCUUUUCUGUUUUCUGAAUCUUUCAAACAUCAAAUCCUUUUUUACAUUUUUCAUGUGAGACACGUGCACUUCAAUAGUGUUUGACAUCUCAUGAUGAUGCAUUGUGAAUCAUAGUUUAUGAUAUAUUACAUCCUUUCUGGUCUUGGCC